AUGGCAGCCCUCUGCGUGGUUUCCUUCCAGGGGGUGAUUGCUGAUUUGAAGCUGCAAGGCGACCCACAAGCGGCCGAGCACCAGUGCGAGGAGGAGGAGGAUGACACUGAGGAGGUCUCUGGUGAUUUUGGCAGUGGGGCAGAAGGUGGACACCAGCCCUCAGAGAAAGUUGUGGGUGUCCCAGGGCUGGUGGAUGUCGUCCCAGUCACCUCUCCCCCAGUGGCAGCGGGCGGUGGGCUGAAGAUUUUUUUAGCCGAGAGGACCAGAGUGGAGGAGGCACUGCAGGUCUCUGCGGGAGCCACCGGCCUCAAAGGUGAAAAGGGAGAGAAAGGUGAGCGUGGCCUCAAAGGGGACACAGGAACCGGCAGCAUCAUGGGGACUGGCAGUGUCAAGGGUGAAAAGGGAGAGAAAGGAGAAGUGGGUGUUAAGGGCAGUGCAGGAUUUGGCUACCCUGGCUCCAAGGGCCAGAAAGGGGAGCCGGGCGCCCCUAGCCCCGCCGGGACCCUCUCGCGGCAUGCUGACGGCUUGGUGGUGGAGCAGGUCACUGGGCCACCGGGGCCGCCGGGGAAGGACGGAGCCCCUGGCAGGGAUGGCGAGCCUGGCGAUCCCGGUGAGGAUGGCAAACCCGGCGAUAUGGGGCCCCAGGGGUUCCCCGGGACGCCAGGGGAGCCUGGGCUGAAGGGGGAGAAGGGUGAUCCAGGCGUGGGGCCAAGGGGACCCCCUGGACCACCCGGUCCCCCAGGACCACCGGGACCCUCAUCCAAACAUGACAAACUGACCUUCAUCGACAUGGAGGGCUCCGGAUUCGGCGGUGACCUGGAGACCCUGCGGGGUCCACGAGGGCCACCUGGUCCCCCAGGCCCACCCGGCGUGCCAGGUUUGCCAGGGGAGCCAGGACGGUUUGGAAUGAACCACACAGACCUGCCAGGACCACCAGGGCUGCCAGGCAGGGAUGGGAGCCCUGGGCCUCCAGGGCCAGCGGGUCCUCAGGGUCCUCCUGGAAAAGAUGGGGCAGCUGGGCAGCCGGGGCCCAAAGGAGAGCAGGGUGAUGUGGGUGACCUCGGCCUCCCUGGUGCACCGGGACCCAAGGGCAGCAAGGGAGAAACAGGACAAGCAGGAGCCCCAGGUGAAAUGGGUUUAGCUGGCCUUCCCGGACCCAUCGGACCUCGAGGGCAGCCAGGGCCCCCCGGUCCCCCAGGACCGCCGGGGCCAGGCUACGAGGCUGGAUUUGGUGACAUGGAGGGCUCGGGACUGCCAUUCACUGCCGUCUCUCCAGGACCACGUGGACCUGAAGGACCACAGGGAGUGCCAGGACUGCCGGGGCUGAAGGGGGAGGUUGGCAGCCCUGGGCAGCCUGGUUUGCCAGGACCAAAGGGAGAUGCUGGCAUGCCUGGUGUGGAUGGCCGCCCUGGCCUGGAGGGCUUCCCUGGACCGCAGGGGCCCAAAGGUGACAGAGGCAGUCCCGGCGAGAAGGGUGAGCGAGGCCAAGACGGUGUGGGGCUGCCCGGCCCCCCUGGUCCACCCGGUCCCCCUGGACAGGUCAUAGCUGUCUCAAGUGAAGAUAAGUCUUUGGUGGCUUUGCCUGGUCCAGAGGGCAGACAGGGUCACGCUGGCUUCCCGGGUCCAGUGGGACCGAAAGGAGAUCGGGGAUCGCCUGGUCCCCAGGGCUCCCUGGGCUUGAAGGGGGAAAAGGGGGAGCCCGGUGUCAUCAUCAGCCCUGAUGGGACCGUGGUCACCGCGAAGGUGAAAGGAGAAAAGGGGGAGCCGGGGCUGCGGGGACCGGUGGGACCCUCGGGUCCCCAGGGACGAGCGGGGAUGAAGGGCGAGAUCGGCUUUCCGGGCAGACCUGGACGUCCUGGCAUGAAUGGGCUGAAGGGCGAGAAGGGUGACCCCGCGGAUGUCAGCAGUGUGCUGGGCUUGCGGGGUCCCCCGGGAUCUCCAGGUCCCCCAGGCCCCCCUGGGCCACCUGGCAGCGUAGUCUACGACAGCAGCAAUGCUUUCAGCGACUCCGGCCAUCCUGUGCUGCCAGCCUUCCCUGGUUUCCACCAGUUUCCAGGACAAAAGGGAGAGAAAGGUGAUGCAGGAGCCCCAGGACCCCCAGGCCACUUCCCCUAUGACCUGAGUCACUUCUAUGCCAUUCCACAGGGCGACAAGGGGGAGGCAGGUCCCAAGGGUGAAAAGGGUGAGCCUGGAAGCACCCCGCUCUACGGUCCCAGUGUCUCUGGGCUGCCAGGGCCUCCAGGGCCCCAGGGUUACCCUGGGUUGCCAGGUCCCAAGGGAGACACCAUCGUUGGGCCACCAGGGCCUCCUGGACCUCAGGGUCCACCUGGUAUUGGAUAUGAGGGGCGGCAAGGUCCCCCCGGCCCUCCCGGGCCCCCUGGCCCACCCUCCUUCCCAGGCCCUCACAGACAAGCUGUCAGCAUCCCUGGCCCCCCUGGACCACCAGGACCCCCUGGACCACCAGGCACCAGUGGGAUGUCCUUGGGGCUGCGUGCCCUACCGACAUACCAGGCCAUGCUGGGUGCUGCACAUGAGCUGCCUGAGGGCAACCUCGUCUUCCUGACUGACCGGCAAGAGCUCUAUGUCCGCCUGCGCGGGGGCUUCCGCCGGGUACUGCUGGAGGAGCACACCCUGAUGCCCAGCUCAGCUCUGGUGAGUCCCCUAUCCCCCAUCCAUCCAUCCCUCCCCAUUCCCCAGCACCGCCUGCCUGAGCAACCCCUGCUCCACCACCAACAUGAGCUCCUCAGCCCCCCACCCACCGCCCGACCCUGGCGCGGGGAUGAGGUGGUGGCCAACCAGCACCGCCUGCCUGAGCAACCCCUGCUCCACCACCAACAUGAGCUCCUCAACAGCUACUACAUCCACCGCCGGCGUGGCAUCCGUGGCGCCGAUUUCCAGUGCUUCCAGCAAGCCCGGCAGGUCGGGCUGGCUGGCACCUUCCGUGCCUUCCUCUCCUCCCGCUUGCAGGACCUCUACAGCAUCGUGCGCAGGGCUGACCGCGCAGCCGUGCCCAUUGUCAACCUCCGGGAUGAAGUGCUCUUCAAUAACUGGGAAGCCCUCUUCACGGGUAGCGGGGCCCCACUGCGAGCUGGCGCCCACAUCCUUUCCUUCGAUGGCCGGGAUGUCCUGCGGGAUGCGGGAUGCAGCGGCUGCCAGCACACCUUCAUCGUCCUCUGCAUCGAGAACAGCUUCAUGACUGCCGCCAAAAAGUGA